AUCCGGAGUAAGGCUGUCCAAGACUGAUCUAUAGCGGAACUAUUGCUAUAAAACUCAGGAACAUCUAUUUAAGUACAUUGACAGCACUCACCUCCAUUCUUCAUCUGCCCUUUUUUCAGUAUUGGGAUCCCAUUCUGAAUUCCAUGGCUACUGUGAUUUGUAGACGACUUCGAGGAGGGGUACACCGAGCAACAACAUUUUCAUCAACCGCUAAGUGGGCAAGGAAGACAAUUCUUAACGAACAUGGGAAUGGUUACACAUUGCAUCCUAUAAAGCAGGAUUCUUCUAAGGAAACUGACAUUAAAGCUGUGAACUCUUUAGAUUACCUAGUACUUUAUAACCCAGCUGCCUAUCAUGGACAUAAAAAAUGUAGAGAAGCAUAUGAAGACAAUUCUUUAGAGCAUGAUUAUGCUACAAGUAAUGCCAAACAGAUUCACAAUACUUACAGUAUUACAUGUUCUCGAAGCUUGUCUAGUACUAAAAAUAAUAUUCUUGACUUGGCGUUUAGUAGACACGAUCCAGUUCAGCCCAAACAGGUAUUCAAACGUAAAUCAGAAAAAAGAAGCCAAGAGAUAGCUAAAAUUGAUGAUGACGAAGCAUAUAAUACUAAAGAGACUCAAAGAGCUUUUCAAAAACGCAGACCUGAUUACAAAUCGCUGUGCUUUAACAACGCAGACCGUUUUGAAGAGACUACAGUAGAGGAGGGUUAUGACAUUCUGCAAAAAGUGACUGUUCUCAAAAGUAGUUUAACUCCUGCAACCAUUUCUGAAUAUUUUGAAAAAUGUAGCCGGUUACCCACAGAACACAUUGAAAACACACAGUCUAACCCUAGAUUUGCUAUGCUCUGCCGUUACGGUGUAGAAAAUAUACAGCUAUACACACAAACAGAACUAAUACGAAUCCUUCAUGCAUUUGUCUGUCUAGAAAUUCCACCAUCUCAUUCAAUGCUUAAUGUCUAUGAACAGGAGUUUUGUCGUCGUGUGUGGAAUAUGAGCAUAGAUGAGUUGCUCUUUGCCGCUGAUUUGUGGCGGUAUUUGGGUCGUAGUGUACCUAAGUUUUUGGAGAUUCUUUACAGCUAUAUGCAGCUACGUUGGAAUGACCUAAGCUUGAUCCAACUAAUACAGUUAAUAUAUAUUAUUGGGGAAGGGAGAAGAGCACCUCCAGAAUUGAUGCAGAAACUUGAGUCAUUGGUAUUCAUACAUUUGGAAUCAAUGAACAUGGAAGAAAUAGGUGUUGUUUGUUUAGGGUUUUUUAAAUCUAGUAAUGGAUUAUCUGAGCACCUCAUGAGAAAAAUUGGAGACAGGGUUUCAAAAAAUAUGGACGACAUAAAUAAUUUUGCUCUUGUUAAUGUGCUUAAAAUGUUCCGCUACACUCAUGUAGAUCAUCUACGUUUUCUUAAACAACUUGGUCAGACUGUUCCCCAAAGAAUUCCUACUAUGGGUAUUCAGGGAAUUAUGCACAUAGCUUUGUCUUGUGCUGCAUUACAUUACCUUGAUGAAAACAUCAUGAAUGCUAUAGCUGCCACAGUUCCUGAAAAAGUGUUGUAUUGUAGAAGCAAGGACCUUGCCAAAAUUUUAUGGUCGUUUGGAGUUCUAAAUUACAGGCCUCCAAACUCUGAAUCUUUUUACACUGCUGUUGCUGAGGAAAUCCGCAAGAAGCUGCAGGAGUUUGAGAAGUAUCCUGAACAUUUUCUCACAUGUCUUUUAGGACUUGUUUUUGCCCAACAAUUCCCAUUGGAUCUCAUUGAAUUUGCUUUAAGUGAUAAGUUUGUCAGCCUGGCUACUAAAGACAGCUUGUUUGAGUUAAAAAAAGAUCUCUUCACUUUAGAUGGGACCGUAGAGAUUGAAUGUGCAGAGUAUACUGGUAGCCAUAUUUCAUUCAAGCUUCGUCAAGAAGUGACUGAAAUGCUUAUGAACUUUGCAAGACAAGACAUUUGCAUAAAGCCAGAGGUUCUUGAAGCUGCCACAUUGUUAGAGUCUAUGUUUGGUGGACCACACUUUGUGAAAAAUCAUAUGAUCUUACCACAUACAAGAUCAAUGGAUUUGGAGGUCCAUUUGGAUAUCAAUGAAAAACCUAUACCAAUAAACAAAGAGACUGCUUUCACCCAAGUAGCAAAAUCAGAGCUAAAACCUGUAGGAGUGCACAUUACUGAUGACCUACUCUGUCAGAUUUUAGACCAGAAACGGACAAAUAACUUGUGCAAUGAGCCAGUUUUAUCCAUAAAAAAGGACUAUUGCACAGAGCCAAAGGAAGUUAUUUCUAGAAAAACACAGAACUGCUUAACUCCUCCUCCAAAUCCUGAUUUCUUUGAUGGUGUAACUAUUACAGACUAUCUAAUAUCCACGUUGACAAGGUCAAAAAUUGUAGACGAUAAACCUGUGCGGCAGUCUAAAAAUAAUCUUGACAUAAUUAAGUUGGCUAUCCAGGUUUCACAUAAGAAUCAUUACUGCUAUGCAUCAAAGCAUUUAUUAGGGCUCCACAGUUUAAAAAGACGGCAACUCCGUCAUUUGGGAUAUGUGGUUGUUGAACUGCCUUUCUGGGAAUGGAUUCCCCUUCUGAAGCGUACAAAAUCUGAAAAACUUGCUUACUUACAUCAGAAAAUAUUUGGUACUCUUCGCUAUCACCGGUGAUAACAAGCCAAUAUGAGUGGAACUAUAUCUAGCACUAAAGUUUAUAAUUGUCAUAUACUGCUUGUAUCUAUAUCCAAGAUGGAGUAGACUUGAGUUAUAGGUUUUUCAGAUUGUCUCUCUUUAAUUAAUACAUUUACUAUUACCCAUUAACAACUAUGAUUCUUGCUUGUGUAAAUGUGCCAUUAAGAUUUUUUGCUUGUUCAAUAAUGUUUCCUUAUAGUAUUUUUACUAUAUGUUUGAUUAUAUUAAAGUCACGUUAUUUAUUUGAUGCAUUUAAAA